AUUGGCUGGGUGAGCUGCGCUCACAUGCGAAAGAAUUGCCCAACCUGCUCGCCCCACGCGCCGCGCACACACCACGCACUGCACGAACCCUAGCCUCCAAUCCUCUGCCGGCACACCCCCACUCCUCCCUCGCUCCACUGCAGCCGCCGCACCUCUCUCUCCUCCGUUCGCUCUUCUCCCUCAUUCACCACAGCCACAGCCCCAGGAGCUCCGUUGUCCCUGUCGAGGAGAUCCAUGGCCUCCCGACGUGCUCAUCUGCUCAGGUCGCGAGGAAGCCGGGGGAGGAGGAGACCUCGUCGCGAGGGAGCUGCGGGAGGAGGAGCUCAACCCAAGAGGAGAGGAUGCCAGCCAGGGAGUCGUCUUGGCUCGACGUGGUCCUUCGCGUCUUGAACCUAGCACCGUAGGCGGCUCGUUUAGUGGCGCAGCGGACGGCGGCCUCAGCGGGUGGGUGACGGUAGCCGCAGCUGGUGCAUGACCUCGCAUCCUGGGUGCGUGCUCGAUUAGCUCGCGUCUUCAUGGUCUUCAGGUGCGCAGGUGAGUCCCCAACCAUCUCAUUCAUUUUUCCUUUGAGGAUGCAAAUGCGAGCACUAGCUGUUUGUAAAAAUGCUCAAGGAGAACUGCUCAGAGGAGGGCAGUAUGUGUGAAAGUUAUUAGUUGAUUCCUAUCAAAGAAAAGUAAAUAUACUUUCAGUGUUUUUGUUGGUUUCAUUUGCGUAUAAUUAGAGUAAACUGCACUGGAUCCACAUACUUUCUCCAGCUCCCUUGAAAACUAAUGUAUUUGGCCCCCCAUUUUACUGUCAAUUUGUAGUAUGCUUUCUUAUGCUUGAGUGGUCAACAGAUUUUAGGUUUGAGCAGCUAAUUGUCAAAUUUAAAAGUAUAAUGGACAAGAUAAAUUGUGAUCUUGCAUUGUCUACUCUAUUGAUGUGGCUCUUGAUUUCUGAAGCUCCCAGGAUUUAAUAAGCUGCCUUGGGCUUCAUUGGACAAAUGAUCUACCUGGAGCAAUGAUACAUGCAAGUAUUUUAUUUUAAACACUAGAAACAUUAAGUUAUCAGGUACUAAAACAUCUGAACUAUGUUAAUUGUUUGUCCUUUGAUGGCAGUGUAGAUUGGCAUUGAAGCCCGAUGGCCUUUUUCUUGCACCAAUUCUUCUCUCGUGUGUGCUCCAGUGUUGAUAACCUUUUGGGACCAUUUUUUUCUGUAAUUGCUUAUACAAAUGUGUAAUUAGUUGCACAGACAUACAUACAUACAUGAUUCUGCGAGGAAAUUACUUUCUUUGAUCUGUUCUUUAUAAAUGUUUUUUCACUGGCUGUUUAAUAUAGAUAUUUCAUUUCUUGCAUAAGCAUAUAUGAUUCUGUGAGCAAAUUAUCUUCACUGUUCUGUUUUAGAGAGAUGUUUGAUUAGCUACACAACAUACAUAGUUCUGUUAGUAAUUUGUUUUCCCUGGUUAUCUUGAUAUUCAGUUCUGUUGGUAACCGUUUGCAUGGUGGGUCAUGUUAGCAAUGGGUAUAAGGGUAUCCAGUGCCCAGCCUUUAUAUUUUUAUCAGGUGUAUUCACCACUAUGCAUGUGUAUAUGUUGUUGGCCUAACUGUAUACAUUUUGUUGGUGUGAUGAUUCAUCCUCUAAAAAUUUAUAUUGUAUCCUCUUGUGCUAGAUGUUUGAGGUUUGGCUUUAAAAAUAAGCUAUUUCUAACGGAAGGUCAAUGGGAGAAAAAGGCAGUGUAUACAUUUUAUUUGGUGCUUAUCUGUGACCUUGCGCACUUAUCUUUAUAUAUGCUCUUCUUCAUAGAUAUCUUCCUGAACCAUGGUGUCCCACUACACUUGAUCCGUGAGCUGUAUGAGACCUUGCGCAACUUCAAAAUUCAUGUUUCAGAUUAUGUGCACCGCAGAAAGAUAACUUCCACCAUGAAUGGACGCUUUCCAGAUGCUACAGCAGAUGAGCUUAAUGUGAGUGAUGUUACAUGUAUUAUCUGUCGUGAAGAGAUGACAACAGCAAAGAAGCUGCUUUGUGGGCACUUGUUCCAUGUGCAUUGUCUGAGGUCAUGGCGAGAGCGCCAACAUACUUGCCCCACAUGUAGAUCUCCCAUUGCCCCCCGGACAAUGGACGUGAUCCAUCAGUGCGACAACAUGAAGCUCAACUAGGAGUUAGCUUGCUGCAGGCAUUGGUGCUCCAGGUUCAGAAGGAGUAACAAGCAAGAACGUGAACAGGCGCCCCACAAAACUUGAGGCCUACUUGAACAGGCGCCCAACAAAACAGGUUGUUACAUCUCCAAAGAGGAUUCCAGCAGCAAAACUUCAUGGUCAGCUUGAAUGGAAGCCCUCGCUCAGGUCUUACUCUGCCUCGCCUAGCUGCCACUCUCUUCUAGAGUGAUUGUGCCCCACCAUGCGCAAGGUAUUCACCAAGAACCAGAAGGUGCUCUUUGGACACCAUGGGAUGCUAAGGGCUGCAAGAAAUAAAAUAGUAUGUUGCAUUUUGCCUACAGGUAAGGAAACUUGUACCUUAUUUCUGCAAAGAUGUGCUCUAUUUUUUUUAUUCCAUGAGUAUUUGCAUUCCCUAUAGAAGCUGACUGGUUAAGAUAAAAGUUGAAGAAUGCAUACGAUAGUCGAUUGGAAACAUAUAUCUAGUAGUUCAUUUUUUCAUGCGCACAAUGGGAUAAAUUGAUGUAACACAAGACUUUACAACUUAGUGCUGUUGUUAUUAGAAUCAGGAGACUUGCUUUGUUACCGUACUUAGAGUUGCCGAUUGCUUACUAUAGUAAUAGCCAGGAAGGUUUGUAGUCAACUUAUAUGCAGUUGUAAUUAGUCGACUUAUGCUCCUUAAAUUGUUGUUCUUUGGUGACCAGUGAAUGGGCAAUUGACUCUUGCGUAUAUGGCUGAUCUAAUUGUUGGGAAAAUCUUCAGCACAUUGUAAUAUGAAAGGUUUUACCCUGCAAAAAAAAGCAUGAAAGAUUUUGAUUUUUUUCUUAGGACUUCUUCAUACACUUUUUACUAUUGUAUUCACUAUAGUUUUCCUGGAUUGAACUGAUUUUUCGCUUGCAUUGUAGAUAUCAAGUCUUAGAGAAGGAAGUUUUGUAUGGCAGUCGACUCGCUGCUUCUCCGAUUCAGAUUCACAGUUAAAUAUCCCAUUCUUCUUUUUUCAGCCCUUGACAUUUUCUCCUACUUGCUAAUGCAGGAUGGAACACUUCCUGUUACAUGUAGUCUUCAGAACCUGUGCUGAAAUGGCGCUUCUUUGUUUGGAAAGUGUCUGAUUUUGCAAAACUUUUGGCUGUAUCGAAUAAUUUUCAAGUUGCUUCAGUGACAUCUGUUCCUGCUAA